GCAGCACCUCACUUCCACCAUCACCCAACGCCCGCGGACAGCCACCGAUCGCUCCCUGCCGCCCAGUUCUGAUUGUCCGUCCUUGCCUCGCACCAAUAUAGUGGACGCCGCCACCAUGGCUGCUGUCAAUUGGCGCACUAUCAAUAUCGACGCCCUCGACCCCGACUCCCCCGCCAACUUCGACCUCACCUCGCUCGCGCCCGCUGUUGCGCCCGUCUCGACAGCCGAUGUGCAGAGUCUCGCGGGGCACAUCCGGCAGCUGCUGCGGGGCGGCGACAGCGAGGGCGCGCUGAGGGGAGCGCUGGAGAACCCGCCGUACGGUGCUGAUGAGAGGGGCAAGGACGUCCACCUAGCCACCAUUAUCGAGAUCCUCCAGUCCAUCAGGCAGUCGGAGAUGUCACCAAUCCUCAGUCGUAUAUACCAGUCAGAUGGUGGAACGGAGGCGUUGGAUGUCCUGAUGAAAUAUGUGUACAAAGGCAUGGGACAUUCGAGCUCGGCAACCGCAACGAAGCAAAUCACACCCCAGGCGACCGGCUUUUCACAAGUCCACGGGCGCGGCGGCAGCGAGGGAGGUGGGCAGGCAAUGAGCGUGCUGCUAAGCUGGCACGAGAAGCUCGUAGAAAUCGCAGGCCCAGGCUGCAUCGUAAGGACAAUGUCAGACAGACGGGUAGUUUGAAUACGCGCCCAGCAGCGCUCAACAAGCAUGACUCACGAUCAGAAAGCGUUAUUGGGCUUUGGACACUCAGCAGAGGGCAGUUUCACGUCACCCGCUAGCCCGGCGACAGGCAGCAGAAACAAAAGGGAAGCACGAAGGGAAACGGAGCUCAAGAAAGCCGUCUGGGCCGUUACGU